CUAGACUCUAAAGGACUUAUGUCUCGACUCCCCAGUUCUCUCUCACCACCCACUGGUUGUCUGACAGCGCCAUUGUUGGCCGAGUUUGUUCCUUUAUUUAUCUAAACACUCUAUCACAUAAGCUUAUUAUGUGAUGAUUUGAAGCCAUACUCAUUUCCGAUCAGCACUAAUCAGUUGUCGACAAUACAUGAGGGGCUGUCAUUGGCGCGCCUGGCUACUAGCGCCCAUUUUCAAUGUCAUCUCAUCUCGUCUUCGAGGCUACAGUGAGAACAAAAGCCUAAGGAUUGGUAACUGGGUCCCAGAGCUCAAGUGGGAAGGAAACACUGCCAAAAUUUGGGAUCGACCCGGUGUCUUUCAGAUGAUUCGAUGUGCAACCUCAUACAUACACUUUAGCCAUUGAAAGGUGCAGGCAGCCACCACUUCCACGUCAGGGUUACACCUGUGAUGUUUGAGCUUGUUUUCUACCCCCUAGAAUCAAGUACAGCCUGUAGAGUUUGCCAUGGACACAUCUGCUCGGCUGUUAGACCCAUGGAGGUUCUCGAUGACAUGUAUGCACUGUACUUCAUCAAAGUACACGGGUUAUGGAGGAACCAUUGUACGACAAUGUCCAUAGCACCAAGUGCAGUUAUGCGCUUCGAGAGAAUUUGAAUUACACACACAGUCUGACUAGACCAGGGGCAAUAAAGGGUGCCUUAGAUAUAAGGUACAGUAUCUCUGUACGCAGUAUCUGCUCAUACCCUGGAGUGUAUUGACUGAUGAUGUUCUACAUCUGAACCCUGCUGCAGCACCCUGCGGGACUAGU